AUGAAUGAAAACAUAUUAAGAAAUAUUUGGAGGUACAAGCCAUGUCUAUUUAUAAAAAAAAUAAUUCGGAAUAAAUCAGUUUUGUGCUUAAAAAUAUCUUGUAAUAUUUCACGAAGUAAUUUGAAAAAUGGCUCAUUUAGGCUGAACAAUUUUAUCAAUUUCUGGGGGGGAAAUGCAAAAAAAAAAAUUAACACAAAAAGUAAAUUAAAGAAUUUACAAGAAAAUUAUAAAGUAAAUAAUGAAGAAUAUAAAAUUGAUAGAAAUAAUAAUGUCCACUAUUUAAAUACAAGCAUGCUUACACAAUGUCUUAACAAAAAUACUCACAUAUUAAAAUAUAACCCUAACAAUAUUCUUAUUCAACAUAAUAUCUGUCCAUAUUCAACAACAAAGAGUGAAAAAACUGCAAAAGAAAGUAGUGAAAAGGUUGCAAAAGAAAAUAGUGAACAAGCUAAAAAUGCAAAUGAAGAAGAAAAAAACAACAAAAUAAUAAAACCCAAUGAUAUGAUAAAAGGAAAUAAUCCAAGUGUUGAAGAAAAUAGAAAAAAAAAUAAUGAUAUAAAAAAAAUAUUGAAUAUUAUAUUUUGUUCAUCAAUUCCAAUGAUAGGAUUUGGAUUUAUGGAUCAAUUUAUUAUGAUCAGAUUAGGUGAUAUGUUUGAUGCAUCUAUAGGUGUAACAUUAGGUAUAUCUACUUUAUGUGCCGCCUCAUUUGGCCAACUUUGUAGUGAUACAUUUGGAGUUUUUUUUGGAUCCGCUAUAAAUUAUUUACUUCAAAGAUACAAAAUUAUACAAAUAGAAAAAUUUGAUAUAAAAAAUAAAAUAUAUCAAUAUUGUACAUUAAUCGGAUCCGUGUUGGGAAUACUACUUGGUUGUUCCCUUGGUAUGCUUCAACUUCUUUUUAUUGAUACAACAAAAAGUGAAAGAUUAAAAAAAAAAAAAGAAUUAGACUUUAUAUUUCAAAUGGUUAUGUAUGAUUGUUCUGAUAUAUUAAAUUGUGAAGCUUCAACAUUAUUUUUAUAUGACAAAGUAAAAAAUGAAUUAUGGAGUAAAGCCAUACAUGGUAGAAAAAAUAUUAUCAAAAUUUCUGCCAAUAGUAAUGAAAAAAGUUUUUGUUUAUGGGUUUUAAGAAAUAAAGAAAUUAUUAAUUGUAAAGAUGUAUUAACUAAUGAAUUAUAUAAUCCAGCUCAUGAUAAAAAAUUUAAUUUUAAAACUAAAACUAUAUUAGCUGCACCUAUAUUAGAUAGAAAUAAUGAAGUUAUCGGCGUCCUUAUGUUUCUGAACAAACUACGAUCACAUGGUGGCUAUUUUACAUGUAAUGAUGAAAAACUAGCUGAAUUAAUGAGUAAACAUAUCUCUAUUUUUAUGGAAAAAUUUAAUUAUAUAAGUGAAGGUGAUAAAAAAAUGAUAAUAUUUGACAAGGGAAAAAAUAACACACAAGAAGAAGAAGAAGAUGAAGAUGAAGACGAAGACAAUUCUAAAGAUGAUCAUCAUUUAAAAAAUACAUCAAAUUUAAUCGAAGAAUUAAAAAUAACUAAUUUUAAAGAUAAAAAAAAAGAAGAAAGAAAAAGAAAAAGGGAACAAAAUAAAAAAAAACAAUAUCAAACACUACAAAUAUAUGAUGAUGGUAAAAUAUUUGACGAAGGAAAUUAUAAUGAAAUCAAACAAAAAAUGUAUGGAGAUUAUGAUGAAAAGGAAGAAGAAGAAGAGGAUGUAUAUGACAUUGAGGAGGAGGAGGAGGAGGAAGAGGAAGAAGAUGAAGAGAACUAUGAAAAUUUGAAUAAAGACGAAAAGGAUAAAGAAUCAGAGCAAGCAACUAUACAGUAUAAAGAAGGAAAAAGCAAUUUGCCAAACUCAUUUAAAAAAGAUAGCAAUAAUAAUAAAUAUCAAUCAAGCGAAAUAAACCAAGUAGCAAAAAAUGAGCAAAUUAAAACAUCAAAUUCAAACUUAAAAGAAGGGAGCAGUAAGAUCGAUGCUCAAGACCACAUUGAAAAUAAAAUGAAGAAAAAUAAUUCUACCAAAAUAGAUUUAGAAAAACCAUAUAGUUUGAAUGACCAUACAAGUGUAGGUACCACUACUAAUGGUUAUGAAAAAGACUAUAAAAAUAGUUGCACAUAUAAUAAAAUAAAUAAAUUACAAACCAUUAAUGAACAUAAUAAAAAUUUUAAAUUCAAUUUAUUAAUGCAAAAUGUUUCUAAAAAUGUAAAUAAUCAUUUUUUUAACGACCAAAAUGUAUCAAAAUUUUAUAAUAGGAAUGAAAAAGGUGCUAACAAUAAUGAAAUAGAAUAUGAACAAAAUAUACCCAUUUAUAUUGAUAACGAAAAUAGGAAACAAAAAGAAAAAUACAAUUUAAAAAAAUAUUCUACCAUUAGUAGUGAUGAAUAUAUUGAUCCAUAUAUAAUAGACAAUGCUAAAAUAUUAGAUACCUUUUUUAAUAAUAUAGAAAAAAAAGCAAAAAAAAUUAUUUUAUGUACACACUUAUGUGAAGAUAGUAUAAACUUGUGGGCAAAAUGGAAAAUGUAUGGACAAACUUAUCCUAAUAAUUUUAGUGAAAUAAAAAGUAAUAUUAAAGAAGAACAGACAAUUCCAAUUAAUAUAUUAGAUGAAAAUUGUUGUCAAAUUUCUUAUACUCCUGAAUUUAAUUAUUACUUUGAAAAUAAUUAUGAUACAGAAUAUGAUUUGUUUUAUCAAAAUCGUUUCAACGAUGGAUAUAGUCAUGCCCCCAAUCGAGAAUAUAUUAAUGAUAAUGUUGUAAAUACAAAUAAGUAUGAAGAUAUUGAAAACAUAUCACUUAUAAAGAAAAAUUGUAUGGUAUAUGAUGUUGUUAAAAGUUAUAGUCAUAACAUAUUUGAUGAAAGUUAUUUUGCUCAAAUUAAUUUGGGAAAAAUAUCUAAUAAUAUGUCUCAAAAAAAAAAUGAAAUGAAAUGUUUUAAAAUGCUAAAGAUUAUAUACAGAUAUAAUCUAAAUAAAAUUUUCAGUAACCAUUAUAAAUACAUAAUAAUAAAAAAAAAAAAAAAAUUAAGAAAAUUUUGUUAUUCUAUAAAAUGUAUUGAUAUACACCAAAUGGACAAAUUUUGGUUUACUAUAUCUUGCCAAAAUAAAUUAAAAAGUAUUUUUUAUAAAAACUUAUAUUUCGCAAUUAACUUACAAAAUGCACGCAUAAUUGAUUUCAAACUUAUACAUACAUAUAUAUUAAAUACAAUAUAUGAGAAUACAACCUCAAUUUUUGUAUCACCAAGUACUUGCUAUAAUGUUAAAAAAAUAGACCUCUUUUCAGUAAACAAUUUAUAUCGUUUAAAAAAUAAAACUACAAUGAAUGAUAUAAUUUAUAAAUAUUAUAUAUUUUAUAAUUUCCGAAAAAAAUUAAAAAAAAAAAAAAUUAAUUACUAUAAUUAUCAAGAUAUAUAUAUGGAAGAAAGUUUCUUUGGUCAUAAUACACACACAAAGAAAGUACCAAAAUUGCUUGAUGAUGAUUUGGGAAAAAAAAGUGCAAUCAUAACAGUGGAAAGGUAA